AUGGAAGGCUUUAGCAAAGAUAUUUUCGCUGAUUUAAACAUACUGCACGAUCCCACCAAUCCGGCAAUGACUGCGAAGUUGGUGAAAUUCGCAGUUGAACUCGGCUAUGACACGGUCGCAAUUAAUCACGAAGCUUUCGACCUCAUGGAGGAAGUUCCGCCGCCUCAGGCGGAAGGCGGCGGUGGGAAACGAAGGAAAAAGGCGGCGCGAAAAAUAGUGGACAUACCUGAGCCGUUUAUGGUGCGUCUAACCGACGCCGACAUAGCGAAGCUGUCGGUUAAAGGAAAGAAAUUUCGUAUUUAUUCCAGAUUGUCGAUAGCACUGGACGACGUAUCACUGUUGCAUAAGAUCAUUCGUCACCCCAGCAUUUCGAAAUACGACAUUCUGGCCGUAUAUCCGAAAAACGAGCAAGCUUUCAGUACAGUCGUCAAUAAGAUGGACGCAGACAUCAUUGGCAUCGACCUGAAUUCCAAAACGCGCUGGGUCUCCAAGGGAAAGACGGCACAAAUGGCUGUCAAAAAGGGCAUCGCGUUCGAGAUCUCAUACUCAACAGCCCUUACUGACAGUUCUGUGCGGCGCGACAUGUUCGCCAAUGCGCGGAGCAUUGUAGAGUAA